UUCUAAAACCCGGACGAUCCUAGUUCUCUCUCAGUACACCCAACACCCAUCCCGUCACGAAAUGAGAUUGAAAUUGUGUGUGAACCGAGCGUCGUCGUUUAGGUACUCUCGGUGAAUAUUAAUCACGAAAAAAUGGCCAAAUUAUAAUAAAAUAGAAGCGAGUACCGUGUAGCAGCGGAAAGUUGUGGUUCCCUCAGCUCAGUACGCGAGUACGCGUUGAGGAGAGUGAGAUUAGUAUUAGUGUGUGCGACGUGCGUGUUUGAAAAAAACCGGAGGAAAUGUCAGGUAAGAUGGAAAAUAGUGCAACAAUUGAAUGAAUUCUGUUCUGCUUCAGACAAAGAUCGAGACUACAUCGGUUUUGCUACUCUUCCUGACCAGGUCCACCGAAAAUCAGUCAAGAAGGGCUUUGAGUUCACGCUGAUGGUAGUAGGUGAAUCGGGGUUGGGGAAAUCUACGUUGUUAAACAGCCUCUUCCUAGAAGACUUAUAUAGAAAUAGAAAAAUUCCAGAUGUCAGUGAAAGAAUAUCCAAAACUACAAGCAUCGAGAAGAAAACAAUGGAGAUUGAAGAAAGGGGUGUUAAGUUAAGGUUGACCGUAGUUGACACACCUGGUUUCGGGGACGCCAUCAACUGUGAAGAAAGUUGGAAAACUUGUGUCAAUUACAUCGAUGAGCAAUUCAGGCAAUAUUUCACAGACGAAAGUGGGCUCAAUAGGCGGAAUAUGCAAGAUAACAGAGUCCACUGUUGUUUAUACUUUGUGCCACCUUGGGGUCACAGUUUGAGACAAAUGGACCUUGAAGUAAUGAAGAGACUGCACCGUAAAGUUAACAUAGUAGUAGUAAUUGCCAAAGCAGAUACCCUCACAUCAUCUGAAGUUGCCAAAUUAAAAGCAAAUAUUCUUAACGAUAUUCGAGACAACGAUAUUCAGAUGUAUGAAUUUCCAGAAUGUGAUAGCGACGAAGAUGAAGAAUUUAAGCAACAAGACAAAGAACUAAAAGCAAGCGUUCCAUUUGCUGUGGUUGGCAGCAAUACCACUUUAGAAAUAGCUGGAAAGAAAAUCAGAGGAAGGCAAUAUCCAUGGGGUGUUGUUGACGUGGAAAAUCCAAAACACAGUGAUUUUAUCAAACUCAGGACAAUGUUGAUCUCAACUCAUAUGCAAGACUUAAAGGAUGUUACAGAAGACGUCCAUUAUGAAAAUUUCAGGGCUGCGUGUAUUUCCCAAAUUUCUCAGCAUGCACGAGAACGAGGGAAACUAAAAAGAGACUCAACUCCAUAUGAUUCAGAUAUUUCUGAAACAGAUAGGCUGCUAAUACAGAAGGACGAAGAGAUUCGUCGGAUGCAAGAAAUGCUAAAGCAAAUGCAGGAGAAACUCAAAGUUGAUGCUCAAGACAACAAUAAAAAACACGAAAGUAUUAUUGAUGUGUAGAUUUUUAUUAUUUAUUGAUUAAACUAGUUUUUAAUUUAUCAAUUUAAGACCAAAGAUGUCUAGUUAAAAUGUUUUUUUCAUAUUUAUAUCAAUAUUUAUAUGCGUAAUGUAUGUUAUAAAAAAUAUAUAGUUAAAAACU